AUGGCGACGAGUGAUGAAGUGCCGGUAGAAAUCAAGCAGAAUCGCGUGUGUACCACGGAAAAUUCGACGUCAGAAAUGGAAUCCAUGGACAUAGCAGCAGAGCCUACUACUGUGAAUAAAAAUGUUAAUGUACCAUCCUGCAGAGAAUCCGUAUCCGUUGAUGAUAUGACCUCAAGGGACUACUACUUUGAUUCCUAUGCUCACUAUGCAAUACAUGAAGAAAUGCUAAAGGACGAAGUACGCACUAUGACUUAUCGAAACUCCAUGUAUCAUAAUAAACAUCUCUUUAAAGGAAAGACAGUUCUCGAUAUUGGCUGUGGCACAGGUAUUCUCUCCAUGUUUGCAGCUAAAGCUGGUGCAGCUAAAGUCAUUGGUAUUGAAUGCUCCAAUAUUGUUGAAUAUGCAGAAAAAAUUGUAGAGGCAAACAAUUUGUCCAAUGUUAUAACGAUACUUAAAGGGAAAGUCGAAGAGGUUUCAUUACCGGAUGGAAUAGAAAAGGUUGACAUAAUAAUAUCCGAAUGGAUGGGCUACUGUUUGUUUUAUGAAUCAAUGUUGGAUACAGUGCUCUUUGCCAGAGAUAAGUGGCUUCGUGAAGAUGGCAUGCUCUUCCCUGAUAAAGCGACUUUAUUCAUUUGUGGGAUUGAAGAUAGACAGUACAAAGAUGAGAAGAUCAAUUGGUGGGAUGACGUGUAUGGAUUUAAUAUGAGCAGCAUAAGGAAAGUGGCCAUCAGCGAACCACUAGUGGAUGUUGUUGAUCCAAAACAAGUUGUUACAAAUGCAUGCCUAAUUAAAGAAGUUGAUCUGUAUACAGUAACGAAGGCCGAUCUUGAGUUCUCCUCGCCGUUUACUCUUCAAGUCCGCAGGAAUGACUAUGUCCAAGCUUUAGUUACAUUCUUCAACAUCGAAUUCACAAAGUGCCACAAACGUAUUGGCUUCAGUACUGCACCAGAAGUGCCAUACACACAUUGGAAGCAAACCGUCUUUUAUUUCGAUGAGUACAUGACAGUGAAGAAGGGAGAAGAAAUAUACGGCGUAUUUUCGAUGAGGCCCAAUGCCAGGAAUUAUAGAGAUCUGGAUUUCAGCAUCGAGUUGGACUUUAAAGGAGAGUUGUGCCAAGUACACGAGACUAACAACUAUCGUAUGCGCUGAUAUAUAGUGGAUUGCGCGUCUCUUUCCACUUUUUUCAUAACUCAUUAAAAGUCAUUUAAUCAAGCCUGAAAUCGAUUUCCUACAAUAUGGAAAUACAAUAUAAACGAUUGCGUUUAGACUGCGUGUAUCGACAGUAUGUGAGCUGUCAAACUUUAGCAGUUCUUUAAUUUUAAAAGACAUUGAAUGCUUUCUAAUUAGACGUUUAAUAUAAUGACUUUUAUAGAUGUUUUCUUCUGUAAACGUGCAAAUAUCUGAAAAUUAAUUAUAUUUAUAUAAUAUAAAAUUUAAAUGAAUAACA